GUGAUGAGUGAUGAGUUGAUGACCAGUAUAUAUUAUAUUACUCUAUGGUGAUGACGCAGACGUGAUACGGUGAAACUGCACAUUACGUACACGUAGCGUAUAUUGAAAAUUAUAGCUUUAUUUAUUGCUAGAUUUACGAUUUUAUUAUAUGAUAUAGUUUGUAGACUUUAUAUUAAGUAUGUCGUCCAAAACUUUAAAAAAGCCAAAAAACACAGAAUUAUCAGCUGUUGGAAAACUGUAUCUUAUCGCCUAUAACAGUGUGCAAACUUUAGGAUGGUCAUACAUGUUAUGGCAAACUCUUGUCCACUUCCUGAACCGUGGAACCUUGGACACUUUUUGGGAAGAAAUUAAAUGGACAGUGUACAUAUUUCAAAAUGCUGCAGUUUUAGAAAUCCUCCAUGCAGCCGUUGGCUUGGUACCGUCAGGGGUAUUCUUGGUUCUCAUGCAAGUGUUCUCCAGGGUUUUCCUGGUGUGUGGUGGAUUUAUGAUAGCACAUGGACCCACGGUUAGCCCUGGACUACCAGUAUGCGUCUUUGCUUGGUCUAUCACCGAAAUAGUCAGAUACUCAUACUAUGCAUUGAAUAUUAUGAAAGCGGUGCCUGAAAAUCUACUGUUUUUAAGGUACUCAACCUUCCUGUUUCUGUAUCCAAUUGGUAUAACAGGAGAGUUGCUAUGCUGGUAUCACACGCUUGACGAAGUCGUAGAGAAGCAAAUCUUUACCAUGUCUAUGCCCAACACAUGGAACUUUAUAUUCAACUAUUAUUACUUCCUGGUUAUUUACAUGCUGUCCUAUAUUCCGUUAUUCCCUGUUCUCUUCGGACACAUGUUGAAACAAAGGAAAAGGAUGCUGUCUGGUGAACCCAAAAAAUCGAAAUAGUAGGUUAUUUUCAGUGAAUUAGAGUAUAAUUUAACGGGUAGUCGGGUUUUAUUUAUUCUUAUUAUGAAUUUUCUAUUUAAAAAUGCUAAAUACAAAUGCGAAUCUCUAAAGUAUAAUUUUCUUUAGACGGGCUUACUAUGCUUAUCAUAUUGAUAAGUAGGCAAUAGGAAUUUAAUUCACCUUUUUUUUUGAGUUUCGUAUAGUUAUAAGAAAUAUAAAGAAGCAAUGCUGUUAUUAGUUUUAUAUUUUUCUAGAAGAUAAGUGGGUAGUGUGUCUAUUUUACUUUUGUUUUUGCACAAUUUUGAUACCUAUUUAAUGUUGACUAAGAUUCAUUAUGUUUAAAAAUCGCAAUGAUAUCUGUUUGUACAUCGAUUAAAUUUAUAUUCCAAUUUUGUAAAUAACAACUGUUAUGAUUAUUAUUUAUGUAAGUACUAUAUUUAUGCUAAGGACAUAUGAAUGGGCUAUGGUGAAAUACAUUAUUUUUAUGACAUAUCA